GGUACCGGCGACAGCUUGGUACUACCAUGGGCCGCAAGAAGAAGAAGAAGAAGGGUCCGGGAGGUCGUGAGGGGCGGCUAGUGGUGACUUUCGAUGAGGAGAAGCGAAGGGAGUACCUGACCGGCUUCCACAAGCGGAAGGUGGAGCGGAGGAAGGCGGCGCUGGAGGAGAUCAAACGGAAGCUGAAGGACGAGCAGAGAAAGAUGAAGGAGGAGCGGCACCAGGAGUACCUGAAGAUGCUGAGCGAGAGGGAGGAGGCGCUGGAUGAGGCUGAUGAGCUGGAGCACUUGGUGACAUCGCAGACAGAGUCUGUCAACAUUGACUAUCCAAACCACAUUGUGACUGUGACCACCAUCAGCGACUUGGACCUCUCAGGAGCACGCCAGCUGGGACUGACCACCCCUGUGGGGAAAAGUGAUGAAGAGAAAGGGGAAAAAGAAGAAGAUAAAGGAGAAGAGGUGGUGAACAAGCCUGUAAGAACAAUGCCCAAGAAGUCCAGAAACCCCUUUCUGUCUGAGAAGAUCUCUUCUCUUACUGCCACACUGCACAUGCACAGCCAGAAAAAGAUGAAAAGAAAAAGACUGCAACGUGGGCAAGGCCCACGCAAGAAAAUCCAGAAAUCCACAGGACGAACAACUAAGACUCAGCGACGGAGGCUGACAGGCAAAACAGGCCCUGAUCAGGAUUAAUGGAGAAAUUAGUGCUCAGACCAGCAGCUGGGACAGUGCUCCACAUCUGGCCUGAUGCUCUUUGGGGCCCCUUCAUUGUGGGCCUUGUUUACUUGGUUCUCUGACUACCAGUGAGCCCAGUUUAGCCUGUCUCUUGUCUCCUGAGCACUGGCCACAGGGACUAGAUAUUACCCAUUUAUUUCUGCAGGGACCUCCAGCUAAGUGCCUGGGUGCCACAGAGUCUCUAAAAACUUCUGCUGGAGGUCACGUAUUCUGUUUGGCAUAAUCCAGAAGUCCUUGGGCCUCCCCUUCCAGAGCUUAUACUUGGCUUUAUCAGAGGAGAGGAUCUAGGGCAGAGUGCAACAGGCACAUUGUCGGAGCAACUUGAGGCUUGGAAGAGCUCUGCUUCCACUCAUGCAUCAGUGCCCUGGCAUUUCUGCUGUGCAAUAAGUCCUUUUUCCAUGGAGAUGUGGUGUCAUCUUGUCCCAUGUGUUUCUUCUUCAGUGCCACACCUGAAUGCAGAAGUACUUCUUGUUUGGUACAAGUUGAAAUUAGUGAAAUUAGUAAACUUU